UGCAGAACGCGUAUUUACUAUUAUUUUCCAUCACGAUUCACGAGUGUAUAUUUUUCUUUAAUCGUGAUUUCUGUAGUUGAUCAAGGUGAAUAUUAGUUAUUAUAAUAAUAUACAAAUAUCAGUCUACCGCUUAUCGUUCGAAACGCAUAACAUAUGUUCGUGUUAUCACGACCGGAUUCGUAUUUUCAGUUUUGUGAGUAGCGAAAACUAGAAAUAAACGUCGAAAACUUAAUCGUUUUCUUCUUGGCCGGGUCUCCUGUCUCCCAAUCAUCGUACCAUCGAUACUUGAUUGCAUAGUCGUGAUCUCCGCGAUCGUCUGUUACCCACACCAACUAAACCAUCAGCCGUCAUGUCGCUAUUCAGGUAUUCGUAUUACGAUACACCGGACGGUAAGGACCUCAUAAAAAAACUAUUCUACACCAACAAACAAGUGUCCAUCAUUGGGUUCGGGCUGGCUACAUCAGAAAUCAUCCUGGUCAGCAAACCAUUCGGAUAUCUGAAUACCAUUUACAGAUACGGACAGUUGAUGGGACCAAUGUUUGCUGCCACAUCGACGUUCUGCUUGGUGACGCACUUAUCCACUAACAUACGUGGUAAAGAUGACAUGGUGAACUAUGCCAUUGGCGGUUUCUCCACUGGCAUUGUGACGGGUAUAAUCUUAAAUCAAAAAAUGAUCGGUACUUGGAUGGCAGUUGUGUUAGCGUGCAUUGGUGCAGCCAAGAAGCAUUCAAAGCUCAACAAUUACGAAUUCUACCCCACUUAUCCUAAAAUUCGUAAACCCAUACACGGAGAUUUCAGAACACCGUACAAUAAUUGGAGCUUAUAUGAAAUGCGACCAAAAGGAUGGAUAGCUGCUGAAGAACGACAGGAAUAAGUAAAGAUUUACCAACAGCAGUUCAUAAUAUUGAAAUAAUUAUGUGAGUGUACAAUUUAUUUAGUAAUAAUAUAUUACGCAUAAUAAUAUGUUUUGU